AGUGCCAGAGGUACCAUUGUACAUGGAGAGCUGCUCCAUUUGUUUUACUUGAAGAACCCUCGACAGAACUUAAUUUCGAUCCUAACCACUGCCAGUUUUGCAUGGUUCCCUUAACGACUUCGAACUUUCCACGAUUUUGUUGCGUAGAUGCAUGUUUGUGAGAAACUAUUGUGAUCAGCCGCUAGUGGAAUAUUAAAAAUAAACUUUAUUGAACUAAACGAAUCUUGUGAAGUGUGAGAGUGAUAUUGUGCACGCUACAUCCAAUAAAAUGAAGAUCAACUUCUUGGUGGCCAGCGCCGUAUUGAUGGCGUGUGCUCUCGUCCCGAUGUCAGAAGCGGGGAUGAACGAUUGGUUUGGAGGGAUGUUCGGCGGAGGCGGUGGGGAUAAGGGCAAAGGAAAAGGCGGCAGACGAAGACCCCAUGGGGGAUACCGACCCAUCUACAUUAACGCGCCCCCCAUAGUUCAGCACGCUCCUCCACCCCCUCCACCACUCUACCAGAAGCCUGUGGUACCCAGUUAUGGAGUCGGUUAUGGGACACACAGUUUCGUCGGCGGCCAUGGACUUGGAAGCUAUGGCUUGGGUGGUCACAGUAUCGGAAGCACUCCAGUUGCUUCGUUCAAAUCUUCCCACGCAGCGCCUAUUGAGAUCCAUUCAAAAGGUCUAGGCUCACACAGCGGCGGAGGAUUCAGUUCGUCAUCCUUCUCAAGCUUGGGAACCUUCGACUCUGGAUCAUCAUUCGGAAGCGUAGGAUCCUUUGACUCUGGAUCGUCGUUUGGAAGUCUAGGUAGUUAUGGUAGCACUGGGUUCUCAAGUAUACCCGCCCACGUCGAAACGAUCACUCAUUCGUCUGGUCCAUCUCUUGGUCACAGUCACACAACAGUAGGGUUCGAUGGAAACUUCCACCAUUCCCGUGGUAAAGACGGAAGUCUAAUUACAUCUUACGGUGACAGUACUGGACUCAUCGCCCCUCCAGUUCAAGAGGUUUUCUCAAAUGAUAUCCACGCGCAUGCCGUUCAUACGACCAGUAGUUAUGGAAGCAGUUAUGGCGGUGGUAGUCACAAAGGUUUUGGGCCCAUUAAGGAUGAUGACCUGAUCACCGUGUCCAAUGAUUUAAGUGGAACUUCAGCCGGUGGUGUAGGAGGUGUUCACAUCUCUGAUGAACUCUCGGUACCACAAGGAUUCUCUCAUCAGUCUGUAAGUGUACCACAGCACGAUCUUCCUGCAGAAAUUAAACAUGAACUACCAGCGGAAACAGAUGACAGUCAUAGCGUAGAAGCAGUAAAUGAAAUUGACUUCAGCACAGCUCUGAAGACCGGAAGACAAAUCGAUCAUCGCCCCCCUGUUUACCAAGCAGGAAGUAAUCAACUGGCUGGUGAAUUUGCAGGCCACCCAUUGGCAGCUAAGGAACUUCAGGAAAAUUUAUCGUUUGGAAGUGGCCUGUCUUCUGCUAUCGCCCAUGCGCAUGGAUCUGCCCAAUUACCAAUGGCAGAGCACGGAACUUCCUCCAUAUCAUACCUCGAGCAGCCGCCUGCCCCUCUUUAUUCUCUUAACUCUGUUGGGUCCUCUUCUCUCAGCGCUGGUGUGUCAUCGAUUCAUUCAGGAGAUAAAUCUUUCAUUCCAUCGAAACAAAUCCCAUUCCCCGAAGAAGUGACCCAUGGGGUUGAGCAUCCAGUAAGCAUUGAUGUCGACACCUCUUAUUCUGCUCCCAACGCUGCGGUUAGCACCGGAGUGCCAAGUUCAAUCGUUAAUGCUCAUGGAGGAAUACCAGUUCAAACUGGCUCAUUCUCGGAGUCCUCUCAAGCGUUCGUAACAUAUGAUUCGCCUUUAAAUUACAACGAUCCUAUCAUUGAGAUCGUAUUCGAAGACGCAGAUCCCACGCACACUCCUGCUCCCAUCGAGAUAGAUCCUUCGCUUUAUCAACCUCAGGCUGACGAUGUCGAAGUUUACUUUAUUGAAGUCUCCGAUGAUAAGCCCUAUGAAUCAAUUGACGACCUAGACUUAACAGGAGCUCUGAAGGGCGUGCGAGAAGAGUUCCCCAAUGGUUUACCCUCAGAGUUGAGCCAAACUCUAAUUAACUCAGGCUACCUAGACAAUGCCCAGAUCGAAGUUCUUGACUUGAAUACUGCACUUGGAGAUAAUUCACUAGAUUUUAACGUUCGCAAUGCCCUGCGAGAAGUGUAUGGUUCGGAAAGUAAGAGCUUACCGACGGUUGUUGAUGCACCAAAAAAUAAAACAGACGAGGACAAAGUCUCGAAAACUGACACUCGUACCAAGCGAUUGGCCAACCACAAGCAGUCUGAAACCUCAAAAUCUGAAGUAAUUCAAGAGCCCAGGCAAUUCGCAGCUGCACGAUACGGAGGCGUCGUAAAAAUGAACGAAAAGGAAUCUCGAAGCUUUUCAUCCGCCCCUACCGAUGAUGACAAAACUCCCAUUCCCGAACUUCCAGAAAUCAAAGGGAAGAAAAUUAGCGGUGUUCUUGUUUAUAAAGACUCUGAAACCAUCCCGGUGAACUCGGAUCAGAGCAAGACCCUCGAACAGCGGAGCAACGCACAAGGAUUGCGGACAGCCAGGCAGGUUGAGAUCCCCGAGAACUGGUCCGACGGCGACUGGCAGCCAGUGGCUCCUUAUGUAAGAACCCCGGAAAAGUCCACGUCUAGUUAAUCAUUGUUGGAUAAAUUUUAAUGACAAAAGAAGAUGAUAAAUGCACGACAUGAAAUCGGAAUUAAAAAUUCAGGAAUAUGUUCAGUAAAAAAAAAUAGAAAGCAUAUUUGUUCAAUCAGAAAUGUGUUUUGAGCCUAUUAUUUCUAGUCAAGUAUUCAUGCACAAUAGUUACAAUUUUAAUUCUAGGAUAUUGUGUUCCAUUUUAAUUUUUCAAUGCCUUAUGCCACAAAAAUUAUAUAAUGAAAUAAGUUUUUAAUUGUGCGAAUUUUUCAGCCGUAUUCGAGAGCGAAUAGUCAGAUUUCACAAGACAAUAAGAAAUUGUAGGUUCAAUUUAUAUAUUGUACGAUACACAUUAUGUAAAAAUCCACUCCAUGCCUCAAUAAGCGUUUGUUUAUUUUAUUUAUAUCUUUAAUUUAUAGUCUUAUGCUCCUUAAACGAUGGCAUAUGAGAAAUGUAAUCUUUUUUUCGUUGAGUUUGAAUGUGGUAACAUUUUUUCGUACUUUAUUUUGCUCGCAUUCGAAAAAUGUUCAAUUGAAUAAUAGUUGAUAUUUUUAAGAUUUUCUUCGACCAUGCAGAUAAUCUUAGAAUGUUAUUCUUGGUCUUUAAAAAUAUUUACUGAUAAAUCCAUGUUGAUGGCCUUUGUGGUAAGUCACUUUCUUUCUAAUCAUUCUUCACUAUCGUGUCGCCUUCUUUUU